UGCACCUUACCCUAACAACCACACGAGAUUGUGGCGUUGACGUCUUGCUUGCUCUUGGCAUACAGUUAUUAUUACUCUUAUAUGGAUGUCAGACGAGCUUAAACUGUUAAAAUACUUUUCAAUCUAAGGCCUUGAAUUUUAAGAAGAUGCAGGAUGAUGCGCGGUAUCUUAAACGCAAAGUGACUGCAGGCAGUUUGGAUGUCCACCCCACAGAGAAGGCCUUGGUGGUCCACUAUGAGGUGGAGGCUUCCAUCCUGGGGGAGAAUGGAGGUCCUAUGCUGGGGGAACGCAAAGAGGGACAGAAAAUUAUUCGUGUGAAAAGCCUGUCCCCGACUACAGAUGUGGCCGCUUUGGCCAGGAAAGUGGUGGAGGAGUGUAAACUCAUCCCUUCCUCCCGUUUGCCCCAGGUGGAGCAGCUCCUCUACUACUUGCAGAACAGGAAAUCUUCUCCAGUGGAAGGCAAAGUGGAAAAGAAAGAGAAAAAAGCAGUAAGGCCCAGAGACCUGACACCAUUUGAGGGAAUGGAGCUGAACGAAGAGUCUAAUAUAACUAAAAUGGAUGAGUAUGUUGAGCUGCUCUACGAAGGCAUUCCAGAGAAGAUCAGAGGCGCUGCUCUCAUUUUGCAGCUCGCUCGCAACCCCGAUAACCUGGAGGAGCUGCUGCACAACGAAGCAGCUUUAGGGGCUCUGGCUCGAGUGCUGAGGGAGGACUGGAAACAAAGCGUGGAGCUGGCCGCCAUCAUCAUUUAUAUCUUCUUCUGCUUUUCCAGUUUCUCUCAGUUUCAUGGAGUGGUGAGUCAUUAUAAAAUCGGCGCAUUGUGUAUGGGCGUGGUGGAACAUGAGCUGAAACGCUACGAUGUUUGGCGUGAGGAGCUGCGCAAGAAAAACAAGGCUUGUGAGUCGGCACCAGAAAAUGGCUCAUUAAGAAGAGAUCAGGACAAAGCUUUGAGGAAAUACCAAGGCCUUCUGGCCAAGCAGGAGCAGCUGCUCAGAGUUUCUCUUUACCUGCUGCUGAAUCUGGCUGAGGACACGAGGACAGAGCUGAAGAUGAGGAAUAAAAACAUUGUUGGACUGCUGGUCAAAGUUCUUGAACGAGAGGAUGAGGAGCUGCUGGUCCUUGUUGUUUCCUUCCUCAAAAAGCUGUCCAUCUUCCUGGAGAACAAGAACGACAUGGCUGAACUGGACACUGUGGAGAAAUUGGCGCGCCUCAUUCCCUGUGAGCAUGAGGACUUGUUAAAUCUGACUCUGCGUCUGCUGCUCAACCUCUCCUUUGACUCCGGACUCAGAGCCAAGAUGGUGGAAGUUGGGCUGUUACCUAAACUGACAGCGCUGUUGGGCGAUGAGAGCAACCGGCAGGUCGUCAUGCGCAUCCUGUACCACAUCAGCAUGGACGACCGCUUCAGAGGCAUGUUUGUUUACACUGAGUGCAUCCCUCAGCUAAUGCAAAUGCUGUAUGACCACGGUGGGGAGGAAAUUGAAGCUGAGCUCCUGUCCAUCUGCAUCAACUUGGCUGCAAACAAGAGGAAUGCACAACUCAUGUGUGAAGGAAAUGGACUGAAAAUGCUCAUGAAGAGAGCUCUGAAGACAAAAGACUGCCUCUUGAUGAAGAUGAUCAGAAACAUCUCGCAGCACGACGGCCCAACCAAACCGCUCUUCAUAGACUACGUAGGUGACCUGGCUGCUGAGAUCCGUGCUGAAGAAGAGGAGGAGUGGGUUCUGGAGUGUCUGGGUACAAUGGCCAACCUCAUCAUCCCUGACCUGGACUGGGAGCUGCUGCUGAAGGAGUACAACCUGGUGCCUUUCCUCAAAGACAAACUCAAACCAGACUCUGCAGAGGACGACCUCAUCCUGGAGGUGGUCAUAAUGAUCGGAACCGUAUCCAUGGAUGACGCCUGCGCCGUCAUGUUGGCCAAAUCUGGCAUCAUUCCUGCCCUCAUAGAGCUACUGAACGCUCGCCAGGAGGACGACGAGUUUGUGUGUCAGAUCGUUUACGUCUUCUAUCAGAUGGUGUUUCACCAAGCUACUCGAGACGUCAUCAUCAAAGACACUCAGGCUCCAGCUUACCUGAUCGAUCUGAUGCAUGACAAGAACACCGAGAUCAGAAAAGUGUGUGACAACACUCUGGACAUUAUUGCUGAGUAUGAUGAGGAGUGGGGGAGAAAGAUCCAGUCAGAGAAAUUCCGUUUCCACAACAACCAGUGGCUGGAGAUGGUUGAGAGUCGCCAAGUCGAUGAGCAUGAACCGUAUCUGUACGACAACGAAAAUGAGAGGACGGAUCUGUUCUACAGUGCAGAUGGAAUCACUCCAGCAGAUGGCUCAGUCAGUCCAGAUUUCUUCAGCGACCUGCAGCCACAGAACGGAGACUCUCUUCUGGCAGGAGAUGUGGGCGAUGUCUUCGACCAGACCAGCUCCUCCCCGGGACGCCCCGUCACCGCGUAUGGCUUCAGACCCGACGAGCAGCCUUUCUAUCAGUACUCAUAGGCACUUUGGUUCUGCACAGCAUGUUGAACCCAUUCCACAUCUGUCAUUGUGCAUGUCCAGUUUUAUCACUGCUUCAACUCUCAUUGUGACUGAGUUUCCUGUAGUUUACAGACGGUUGUCACACAAGCUGAAAGGCUGUAGAUAAGGACUGAGACAGUAGAGCUGCAKGUUUGGACGGGUUCUGCUGUCAGACCGUCACUUUUCAUGUAGCUAUUCGUCUCGCACAGAUUAGUGUUUCAGUCUAUCUCGGAUUGUCUUACUGUUAGUAAAUUAUAUUCAGAAUAGAACGAUCCUAAUCAUUUUGUUGUCAGGUUUGCAUGUUUUCACUAUUUAAUAAUUAUUAAUAUUUAAUAAUACUUGAAACCUUCUAAGAAAAUCAACAAAAGAAAGAAAAAAAAAAACAAGUUAAAGGAUUUGAUUUCUGCUUUGUUUCUCCAAAACUGUUCCUAAAGAUGUGGUCAGGAUGCCACUGAGGGUCUUAAAACACUAAGUUGGGGGCUUUAAAAUGAACUGCACAGAUAAGUUUAUUUGUCAUUUGUUUAUAACAUAAAUAUGUUUUAACUAUAAAUCAGUAGUAAGACAUGGGGGAAAAAAGUAUGAUUACCGGGUUUGUUUUAUGUUUUUUGUAAAUAUGUUGUUUUUUUCUCUUCAACUUGUAAUGUUCGAGGUUGUAAAGCCUCUGUUGUUGUUUUGUGAGAUGGAAGCUAAAACAUUUAGGUUUUUAUAACAUCAGUAAAACUGAUCUGAACCGAUUUAGGAGUAACAGGAAUCGAUCAUUAAACUAAACCAAGCAAAGACAUUGUUGACAGCAGAGUCAGGAUUUUUCUUUUGAUUUUUUUAUUGAUUUGUUGAGCCACCAGGCUGCAUGACUGAUUUUUUUUUAUCUUUUUAAAGUGUGAAUUCUUCAAUGCCAUCUGAUUUUGAGAAUAGAAAAAUACAAAAAAAAUUAGCUCUUUGAGUCCUUCUGAAGAGAACAAAAGCUGACUUUUUUUCUCUGCUGGAAGAAACAAAGACUGAUGUAUUUUACAUUUAUAUUGUCACGGUUUGAUGGGGAUGGAGUGUCACGCUUACUUCUAAUUUAUUUAAUCAUUAUCUACAUAGUGAUUUUAAACCCAGUGGAGAAAUAGUGACAAAGGUAGGUGGUCUUUUUCCAGCACAGAAUCCAUUUAGAGCAUCAUAUUAUGUUACUGAUGUCAAACCUUAGCAGUAUUACAUUUUUUCUCCCACAAAAAGUAAAAUGACUCCUUUCUUAUGCAGAGGAAGUAGGAAGUGUCCAACUCCAAAAUCAAAUGUUACUCUGAAAGAUACAGAACCUACAAAACAAUCAGCUCAUUUUUAUCAGCUGAAACGGUGGUCCUCUGGGUCACACACAAGAUAGCCUUUAAAUAAAGUACCUGUAAGGAAGGUGACUGAUGAUCUGUGUUGAGGACUCUAACAUUAUCUUUAGGCAUAUUUUGCACAUAUAGUUUAAUUUUAAUGCAUGUUUUUUUUGUCAGAAUUAUUUAUCUGUAUAUAUUUUUAUAGUUUUACUUGUGAAGAUGCUGUAAAUGGAAGCAGUCAAUGGAGUAGAGUGAGUUUCCAUCUCAUACUGUCAUUUAUUCUCAGGUUCCAUUAAUAAAAACAAUAAUCCCACUUCA